UGCCAUCGCGGUAACCGCGGGUUUCGUUUCGUUUGUUGUGUGAUUUUUGUCGAGGCGACACUUCACAAGGAAUGGGUUGGCACACGAACUAUACGGAUUUGAUGCAAGUCAAUUUGGAUUCUCGAACAUCUUCUUCUUCCAAGCGCGCCGCGUGCAGUCAACUGGAAAGGAUGAAACGUCACCGAACGUGCUCUACAUCGUCGUUCGCUGCCGUCGCUAGAAGCAUCCACGCAAGAUCGGCCGAAAAGGAAAGGUGAAAGCUCGUGGGGACGCUGCCGCUGCACCCGUCACCUUCAGCAUAUCGGUUAGCCAAGUUUCCGAACAUUAUCCGGGAUCUCAUUCAUUCUGCAUGGCGCUAAUACGUUACUCCCGGGCUCGAUGGCGACUGUUUUGGCUGCUGACGUCUUGCGUGUUCCUCUACGCGUUAUUCCUGCUUUCUUUCCACAUAGAGCCGGCGUCGGAGGCCUUCCACGAGUUCCACAAGUGUCCCGCCUGCUUCGGCGAUGCCUUGUGCCCGCACAUGCAUGACGUGAAGUUGGCGGGCUGGUACAGUCGCAGUGUGCUGCGCUUCUUCAACGCCAAGAACGUCUUCAUGGGCGAACUGAACGGAACGCGCGUGGUAGUCAAGAAACUGGCGCAUGACGACGAGUUUCGCGAAGUCGAUCGUCGCUGGUGCCGCAGUCGACGAUGUAACGUCGCCAGCGCGGUUCGCAGUACCGUGGACAACGGCAAAACACACGAAGCGGCGUUGAUGAAACACUUGUUCGCCGUCAGGAAGGAGCAGGACAUGACAGCGUGCCCGUCCUCGCGUUUGGUCCGCCGAAUGCUGAUGAUGCUUUCGUACAAUCCAGUCAUGGUCGCGCGUCGCCAAGGGGCAUUGAGGACGGCCGAUGUGCUCGCUUAUACCGUCACCGUCAAUGCCGAGCCACUGCUAUUGCAGACGUUUCCACGCAUGGAUGACUGGCCAUUCCCGACACUGCUGGGCAGCUGCGGUCGCACAAUAGUCGAGACGUACGAGGGAGAGCCUCUCUCUAACUUCGAGCUGGCCAGCUGGACUGUGCGAGCUAACAUCUCUCUGCAGCUGCUCGACAUGGCCGAUUUGAUGACCGAGAACCCAACUCAGUAUGCACUUUAUAUGACUGAUGUGAGCAUGGACAACUUUGCCGUCAACGAUAAGGGUGAAGUGAGGAUCGUCGACUUGGAAAAUAUAAUUGUGGUGGACCGCGUGCAGGUCCGAGCAGAAAGGCGGCCAGGUUGGAAGCAGUGGCUGGAACACCGGGAGGAAAUGUGCCAUGACUGCCUCAGCUUCAAUGCAGAGGACUUGUGCUCGCACGCCGCGAGCGACCACAACUUCUAUGCUGUGUGUAGUGGUUUGCUUGCACCCCGUGCCUUCUACUCAUCGUACGGGGGGCUCAUGCACGACAUUCCAAAGAGCGUCGACGAGCAGUACGGGCUUUCCAAUCUGCUGGCCAUGUGCGAUCAGCCAAGGGACGCCAAAGAGAACCGCUUUGUAGCCUCCCGUCUGCUGCGCAGGGCACUGGACAGGGCGCUGCGGGCGACUGCUACAACUAGCAACGACAGGGCCUUGUAGGGGCAUGUGAAAGGCACAGCCUUUCAAUGUUCUGGCAUAGUGCAAGUUGCCACAAGUGCCUGUCUGAACUUCUCUUUACUCCGCUUAGAACAACUGCAUUUCUUGACUGUGAUAUCAUGCAUUGCAUGUGGCAAUGCAGACCUUUAAGAUUCACUGAUCGUAUAUUUAUUUAUGACUGGAUUGCUGGUAUUAUGUCUUGUUUUGAAGCUUGCAAGGCUACAGCAAUUUUUAAGCAAUGGCUACUUGCCGUGCGUCAGACUUUCUAUACAAUGCUGACUUAAGGAAAGUACAAAUGCUAUAAGUAGUUAGCGUGUCUAGCCGGUGUAAUAAAAUAAGUGUAAAAAUUUGGUGU